GGACUCUUCGAGCCAAUGGCAGCGCUCCUGGAAGCUGGACUUCCUGGUUUGGUUUGUGUUUCUACGCUGAUCAUGGCUGCUGAGGGCGAUUUCCUGGCGAGAUACCGAGCUGUGUCAAAUAAACUGAAAAAACGUUUUCUUCGAAAGCCCAAUGUAGCGGAGGCGAGUGAGCAGUUUGGCCAGUUGGCCAAGGAGCUGAAGCAGCAGGACUGUCUUCAGUAUGCGGCCUUCUGUAACCUGGCUAUGGCUCGGUGUGAGCAGACUCUCUUUAAUGCUCCUGGAGAGGCCCUGGCAUUAACCGAUGCUGCCCGCCUCUUUCUCUCAUCUGAGAAGGAGAACAGAGCGCUGCAGGCCCCUGGCUUUGAUGAACACCUUCAGGCUGCACUAAACUGCUACAGUUUUGCCAUCAAGGUAUACAUUGAGAUGAACCAGCCUGUGAUGGCAGCCAGCCUGUGUUUGGAACUUGGCAAUGCGCUAAAGGAGAUGAACAGACCAGGAGAAGCUAUUGUUCAUUAUCAGAGGGCUGCAGAGUUACAGACACAGACGCCAAUUGAAGCUCUGCUGUCGAUGGGAGAAAUGGCCACAUGUAAAAUUCUCACCCGUGACUAUGAUGGUGCUUUAUCAGUGUUCACAGAGAUGCAGCUGAUGUGCCAAGAGAGAGGACUGCAGCUCCCAGGCACCACCACCCCUGUUGGUGCAUUUCUGGACAUUGUGGCAAAAUGUGAGAUAUCCAGAGUACUACUGCUAAUGUUGCUUGAGCCUCCACCUCAGAAGUUGUUACCAGAGCAUGCCCAGACUCUGGAGAGAUAUGCAUGGGAGUCUUUUGACCCUCACAGCCAAGUGACCUUCUUGCCUGAGAAUGUUUUCCUGCUCCUGCAGUCAGUAGUGAUGGCGUGUCAGGAGAAAGACACGGAGUCCCUCAAGUCUCUCCAGACUGAGCUAUGGCCAUUUCUGACUGCUGAGCAGAAUCAUCUUCUCCACCUGGUGGUGCAGGAGCGCAUCACACCGUCUGGUCAAGGCAUUUAGUGCAGUCCAGUUUUUACUCACUUCCUCUGGGAACGAUACUUUAUAUAAUGGAACAUUCCUGUUUCUGACUGGGUCUGUUGUAAGGCCUGAAGAAGGGUUGUUUUCAAACCUCUAAUGUUGUAACUUGCACUCACAGAAAUGCCCACAAUACAGUACUUUAUUGUCACUGAGUCCAGCAGAUUGGGAAAUCGGUGAAAAUCUAAUUACAUUUUCUUCCUGUUGUCCUUAUUUACUGUGAUUUGGAAGAUUUUUGUUGACAGGAUGCUAAUUAAAGACUAAAUUUGUGUGUGCUCUUA